AUGCAAAUUAACAUCGCUUACGUUGUCGCUGGUCUCCUCGUCUUCGUUUCAUCAAACUUUGGUGAGGCUGAUGCGCGCAUGAUUCCUGUUAGCCACAAGGCUGGUGAAGCUCAUCUUGAGCACAAACGAGAGGCCACUGGAUACACUUCACGAGGUGCCGCUGCCAACUACGGUGUGCCAAACAGCGCCGGCCCAGCUCAACCAGUUAUGGGCAGCGGAACUGCGCAUGAAAUCGCAGCUGCACCUCAACCUGCUUCGUCACCUGCACAGCCCUCAAGCGCACCUCUUUCUGGCUCCAUCGUAUCACCAACUUCUCGAGGUCAAGCUGCCAUUGCGACCCCACCGGCUCCGUACGCACCUCAUCCUGCUGCACCACUCGAAGGGCCAACUUCGAGCGAGUCUGGCGCCUCAAUUGUCACACCUACAUCCCAGCGUCCAGUUGGAGCCAACACCUCAUCCGCAUCAUCAUCAAACAAUCAAGGUCCACUUCCCGGCUCCGCUCAACCGGUAGCUUACGUACCUCGUCCCGUCGUCUCAUCCGGUGCAUCAACUCCUGCUGGGUCUGGCGCCUCAAUCGUGUCACCUACUUCUCAACAUCCAGUUGGUGUCAACUCUUCAUCCGGAUCAUUAUUGGACUCUCAAGCUCCAGUCCCCGGAUCCCCUCAACCCGUGCCUUACACGCCUCGUCCUGUUGUCUCAUCCGGUGCAUCCAGUCCUUCUGCGUCUGGCGCGCCAAUCGUACCACCUACCUCUCAACGCCCAGUUGGUGGAUCCUCCGUCCCUGCACCCAUGGGUGGAAGUCAAAGUUCCGGCUCACCUGAUUCCACCUCUAAUGGGGAUAUCACCCCAAAGCCAAUCACUCGAGCCCCUAUUCCAGUCGUUGCUAUCCCCAACCUUCCUUUAGGAACUUCCGCGCCUUUAGUCGGUGGUCCAAUUGGAUUACCAGUCCCCAUUCCAUCUGGCGGUGUUCGUGGUGUACCUAUUCCGUUCGGAAGCAACACACCACUUCCAUUUGGUGCGCCGCCGCUUGGCGUCAACAGUGGUCUUAUUCAACCUCCACUCGGUCUUAACGUCGGACCGGAACUAAGAGGUCCAACACCCGCAUUUGGAAGCCUUGGUCCACAACUUGGUGGUUUAUCUGGUCCAGUCGGUCUUCCAGGAGUUGGGCUUGGUGGUCCUUUACCUGUGCUCAAUGGCCCGUCAGUUGGCUUUGGUGGUCCAGGAGUUGGACUUGGUGGACCUGUAGUCGGACUUGGAGCUGGUCCACAUUUUGGAGCCGGAGCUGGCUUUCACGCAGGACAAGGUUUAGGAGCUGUACCGGGCUUAGGUUUCGGACAAGGUGUUGGUCUUGGUCCAGCAGGAGUUGGAGCCGGUGUAGGAUUUGGUUCACACUUGAACGCCGGAGGGAAUUUUGGUCCAGCAUUAGGCGGAUUGCCAGGUGCUGGUAUCCUCGGAGGUGCCGGAUUUAAUGCUGGCGCAGGAGUUGGACCACACCUUGGGGGUGGUGUUGGGGUAGGCGCUGGUUUCAACGCUGGUGCAGGACUUGGUCAAGGCUUUGGUCAAGGCCUUGGUCUAGGUGGAUUCCCUGGUGCAGGUCUCAACGCUGGUGCAGGUGUUGGAGCAGGCGUUGGUUUCGGAACAGGUGCCGGUCUCGGAGCAGGUGCUGGCCUAGGAGCAGGUGCUGAGUUUGGAGCCGGUGCAGGCUUAGGAGCCGGUGCAGGCGUUGGAGCCGGUGCAGGUGUAGGAGCUGGUGCCGGAUUCCGUGCCGGUGCAGGUGUUGGAGCCGGUGCCGGUGUUGGAGCUGGUGCCGGUGUUGGAGCAGGCGCCGGAUUCCAUGCUGGUGUUGCUCAACAUGUUGGAGGUGUGAUUGUCUAA